AUGACUUCGGUUUCUUUUUCCUCUUCCUUCUCCAAGAUAUUGGUGAUGGCCCUUAGCAAUUCCAGCUGGAGGCUACCCCAGCCUUCUUUUUUCCUGACAGGUAUUCCAGGUUUAGAGGAAAGCCAGCACUGGAUAGCAUUGCCCCUGGGUGUCCUUUACUUCCUUGCCCUAGUGGGCAAUAUUAUCAUUCUCUUCAUCAUCUGGACUGACCCAUCCUUGCACCAACCCAUGUACCUCUUUCUAGCCAUGCUAGCUGCCAUUGACCUGGUCCUGGCCUCCUCCACUGCACCCAAAGCCAUUGCAGUGCUCCUGGCUCAUGACCAUGAGAUUGGGUACACUGUCUGUCUGAUCCAGAUGUUCUUCAUCCAUGCAUUCUCCUCCAUGGAGUCAGGUGUACUUGUGGCCAUGGCUCUGGAUCGCUAUGUAGCCAUUUGUCACCCUCUGCACCAUUCCACCAUCCUGCAUCCGGGGGUCAUAGGACGUAUUGGAAUUGCAGUCCUGGUGCGGGGGUUGGUCCUCCUCCUCCCCUUUCCCAUCCUGUUGCAGGGCCUGAUCUUUUGUCAGGCCACUGUCAUAGGCCAUGCCUACUGUGAACAUAUGGCUGUGGUAAAACUUGCCUGCUCAGAAACCAUAGUGAACCGAACUUAUGGGCUGGCUGUGGCACUGCUUGUGGCUGGGCUAGAUGUCCUGGCCAUUGCUAUUUCCUAUGCCCUCAUUCUUCAGGCAGUGCUGAGGGUACCAGGGGGUGAGGCCCGACUUAAGGCCUUUAGCACAUGUGGAUCUCAUGUUUGUGUUAUCCUGGUUUUCUAUGUCCCUGGAAUUUUCUCAUUCCUUACUCACCGCUUUGGACACCAUGUACCCCAUCACAUCCACGUUCUUCUAGCCACGCUCUACCUUCUCGUGCCACCUGCCCUCAAUCCUCUUGUCUAUGCGGUGAAGACUCGGCAGAUCCGGCAGCAAGUGCUCAGGGUAUUCUAUAUAAAAUGA